CAGCCGAGGCUGACGAGCGCUGCCGCAUCGCGCUGGGCGACGAGUUGGGGCCUCCUGCUCACUCGCUCUGUGGCAAGGGGUUGUUCCUGGCGGCUCCUGGGCGGGCCGUGGUGGUGCACCUGACAGGCCUCGACCAGGACUCCUUCGUGAUGAGCCUACGGGGUGGCGAAGGGCAACCAUUGAGAGCUGGCGCCGAGAGCGGAGGAGGAGGAGACGCUCGAACCUUGGCGGUGAAGAAUGGGCCGCGGGGCCGAGGCCGAGAGUGGCGUGAGGUCGUGGACGCCUGUGAGGAGGAGCCGUUCGGCGACUUCCCAGUGGCGGGGCCUCGCUCUGCUUGGUGGUGCCUGGACUUCUUGCGGCGUCGGCGCACCCCCACGGAUCACCACCUGAUGUUCAAGACGACCGCGCGGCUCCAGUCGGAGCAGUGGGGGGUGCAGGAGCACGAGCAGCUCAUGAAGUACAUCGAGCUGGCUGGCACCUACGACCAGCUGGACCUCAGCAACUGUGCCUUCGCCGAGGCCAUCUUUCGGCGGGCGCAGACUAUCGAGUGGAGCUACCACGAUCGGUUGCGGGAGGCCGACUCAGCCAGCUCCAAGGACAAGAUGAGUCCUGAGGAGUUCUCGGCCUUCAGCGGCUUCAGCAAGGCGGGGGACCUGCUGAUGGUGGCCCCCGCGCUCCUCGAGUUUGUGAAGGGCCAGGUCGAGAAGGAUGCCGCGAUCAUGAAGAACAUCAGGAAGGCUAGAGAAGAACGAGAGCUCCGCCGCAAGGCUCCAAGGCCGCCGAGCCCCAGGGCUCUCCUGCAUGCGUACCUGGGCGAAUUCAAUUUGACGGAGUUCCAGACCGGCGCGGUGAACCGCUCGGUACGGCGGCGGCUGCUUCGGCGAGACGCUCAUGUGGCUGAAGCCAACCGCGCCCUCGGGGCCCUCAAUGAUCUGGCUGGUCGGCUCGGGGCGCCUGGCGCUCCGGGCCUGGCGGAGCGGCUGCCCCAUCGCCUGGUACAUGAGCGUGUUCGUCAUGCUGCUGCUGCGCUGGGUCCCCCGCCACCUGGCCUCACUCCCGCCGGAGCCCUGCGUGAGCUCCGCGGUGCUGGCGUGUACGAGGACAUCGACUCGCCAGUCGUUAGCUUCGACGACUCCCUCGUCUCGCUGCCUGAGGCCGGCAACGUUCCUGUGCCGCUCGGGGAGCUGGUGGCAGGCGUGGGCGAUAUUGAUGUCGAAGCAGCAAUACACGAGCAGCUCCUUCCACGCAAGGAUGCGGAGUCCAACCUCUCCGAGGCUCCGCGGCAGCCGUACAUGGAUGCUAUUCUACGAGCUCAGCCACGUGCUUAUGCUGGGCUGGUGCGGCGUUUGCAUACGGCGGGAAUGGUGACCUUCUCAGCCGCGCCGCGAGAGAAGUGCGGCCUCUUCUUUGUGCGUAAGAAGUCUGGCAAGCAGCGCAUGGUGAUAGACUGCCGGCGGGCCAACUGCUGGUUCAGGAGGCCUUCGACAGUCGCGCUGGCGACAGGCUCAGCACUGGGAGAGCUGGCCGUGCCGGAGGGCGAGCAGCUAUACGUCGGUCACGUGGACAUCUGCGACGCCUUCUACCACUUCGGGCUGCCUGAGGCUUUCCGUGAGUACUUCGCGCUGCCGGCGGUGAAGGCAGGUGAUGUGGGGCUGACUGUCCUGGGCGGAAGGUCUCUCGCGCCUGGCAGUCGUGUGUGGCCAGUCCUUGCGGUGUUACCCAUGGGCUGGUCGCAUGCGCUGUACUGGUGCCAGACCAUUCACCGCGGGGUCGUGAGCUCCAUCCCCGCGCUGCACGACGUUCCGUUCAUCUCGGACAAGAGUGUAGUGCCGCCUGUGCAGCCGCUGGCGAUGACUAUCUAUGUGGAUAAUUUUCUUGCCUUGGGUACGGAUCCCGAGGCCGUCUCGCGCGCAGUAAAGCUUGUCAACGCCGCCUUGACGUCCAGGGGUUUACCCACCCAUGAAGUAUGCAUGUGUGAUCACGAUGCCGACAUCCUGGGGUCCGUCUAUACUUUCAUUCGGCGGCUGGGCCACUGUGCCGCGGUCCCUCUGUGGGAGUCCGUCCGAUGGGAGCUCAGUACGUUCUCGAGUUUGCUGUGUCUGAUUUCCAGGGAGCUGCAGGUGUCAUGGAGUUCCAAGGUGAUGUGCACCGACGCGUCCUUUUGGGGCUUCGGACUGGUCUGCAAAGACCUCGACAAGGACCUCGUGGGCUCGAUGGACUGUUUCUCAGAACGAUGGCGUUUCUUGGGCGACAACAAGGUGCUCUCCCGGGCCUGGGCUGCAGGCUCCAGUGAGGACGAGAUCAUCACGAAGCCCCUAGAGAGCUCCAAGGACUUCCAGAAGUUCGUGGGGGAUGAGGAGGCUAGCAAGGAGGCCCGCACGCGGGCCGCUGGACGUCUUCCCGAAGCGGUUCGAGAGGAAGGUUGGGCUGUCGUAGGGUCGCACAAGUGGGGAUCCCCGCCUGACAACAUCGUGGAGGGGGAGGCCAGGGCCAUCGCGUUCGGGGUUAAGCACAUCUGCAGAUCCACGAAGGCCUUUGAGAGCCACCACCUCCUGCUCUCCGACUCGCUCUCGUCUGUCUUGGCUCUGGGCAAGGGCCGAUCCUCGGCCCCCGGCGUCAGCGGCGCCCUGCGCUCUGUGGCAGCUCAUGUUGCGGCGACGGGACUCCGGCUCAGUGCCCGCUGGCUGCCUAGCGAGUGGAACUUCGCCGACGGUCCUUCGCGAGGGCUGCGGCACGCUGGAUACGCUCGCGGUGGAGUCGGCCAGGCUGGAGCGUCGCCAGGCGACGGCCCCGGAGGGAGAGGCCCGCUCGGUCCCGAGGACCCGCCCGGUGCCGCCAAGCCGGGCGACGUCAGCGCCCUCGCUUCGGAGGCGCGGGCUCCGCCUGCGGCCGACAAGGUGAAGCGGAGGAAGCUGGCCCGGCGCGGGGCCAAGCUGGCCGACGCGGGGACGCUGGACGUGCUGCGGCUGAGCACGGUGCGGACACAGACAGCGAGGUCGAGGUGCCAGCAGCUGGCAGCCGAGUUCGACGCAUGGCUGGCGGAGCAGGGGCUGCCUGCGCGGCCAACGUUCUCCCUCGACGAGCGGAGGAUGAUCCCGCUGGCGCCCGAGGCCGCUGCCACGCUGGACUGCAGCCUUGCGGAGUGGAUGCUGGGGCAGUACCUGGAGGGCGUCGACCACUGGCGCGGAGUGCAGAUGCUGGCCGCCCUUCAGUGGAGCGACCCGCGUCUCGGCCGCGACGGCGGAGCUCGCUUGCCCGGGGCCAGGCAGUCGCUCCGAGGCUGGAAGGUGCUGACGCCGCCGUUGACCAGGCUGCCGCUCCCCGAGGAGGUCGUUGCCGCCCUGGCUUGCGAGCUGGUGAGCAUGGGCCUGUGGGAGGCGGCGGCGUGCGUGGUCCUGUCGAUGGUGUUCUACAUGCGACCGGGAGAACGGGGCCGCGUGCAAGUCAAGCACGCGAUCGCGCCCCGCGCUUCGGGAAGCCAGGCCCUGCGGCAGUGGGCCCUAGUGCUGCAUCCGCACGACGGCGAGGAGGCGCGGCCCAGCAAGACGGCGGAGUUCGACGAGAGUCUCGUGCUGGACCUCACCUGCGACCUGUGGCUGGGCGGCGUGCUGCGGAGACUGACCGCUGCGAAGCCGCCGGACGCCGCGCUGUUCAGCUUCUCAGUAGAGGAAUUCGCCGAGAUUUUCAGACGCGCGGCCCGCCGUCUCGGCCUGGAGCCCGUGCCAAUGCCUUACCUUCUCAGGCACGCCGGCGCCAGCCGAGACUUCGUCAACGGACUCAGGCCGUUGAGCGAAGUGAAACGGCGGGGUCGCUGGAAGACAGACGCCUCCGUGCGGAGGUACGAGAAGGGGGGAAGGCUGAGCGAGCAGUUUGCGAAACUGCCCCCAGCCCUGCAGAAGCACGCGCUCCGCUGCCACAGCGUGCUCCCCGAGGUUCUCUUAGGGGGGCUCGCUGCCCCGCCGUUCCUGGCCCGCUAG